ACAAAAAGCAAACCUAUGCCGGUGUUGUCAUCUUUUUGAAAAAAAAAAUCGUUGUUUUAAUUUUUUUUUCUUGACACCUGGGAAACCGCUGCCCCCCUCAGAACUAACCAAAGACAAUGGUUCACUGUGCAGGCUGCAAAAGGCCGAUCUUGGACCGGUUUUUGUUGAAUGUACUGGACAGGGCUUGGCAUGUGAAGUGUGUUCAGUGCUGUGAAUGUAAAUGCAAUUUGACAGAGAAAUGCUUUUCGCGAGAAGGCAAGCUUUACUGCAAAAACGACUUCUUUCGGUGUUUCGGGACCAAGUGCGCGGGCUGUGCCCAGGGCAUCUCCCCCAGCGACCUGGUCCGCAGGGCGCGGAGCAAAGUGUUCCACUUGAACUGUUUUACGUGUAUGAUGUGUAACAAGCAACUCUCCACCGGCGAGGAGCUCUACAUCAUAGACGAGAACAAGUUUGUCUGCAAAGAAGAUUACCUAAAUAACAGCAAUACUGCCAAAGAAAACAGCCUGCAUUCAGCCACCACCGGCAGUGACCCCAGCCUGUCCCCCGACUCUCAAGACCCCUCCCAGGACGACGCCAAGGACUCGGAAAGCGCCAACGUGUCCGACAAGGAGACGGGCAGCAACGAAAACGACGACCAGAACCUGGGGGCCAAGCGGCGGGGACCUCGCACCACCAUCAAAGCCAAACAGCUAGAGACUCUGAAAGCCGCCUUCGCGGCCACCCCAAAACCCACCCGGCACAUCAGGGAGCAGCUGGCACAGGAGACUGGCCUCAACAUGCGGGUCAUCCAGGUCUGGUUCCAGAACCGGCGCUCCAAGGAGCGGCGGAUGAAGCAGCUGAGCGCGCUGGGCGCCCGGCGACACGCCUUCUUCCGCAGCCCGCGCAGGAUGCGGCCGCUGGUGGACCGGCUGGAGCCCGGGGAGCUCAUCCCCAACGGGCCCUUCUCCUUCUACGGAGAUUAUCAGAGCGAGUAUUACGGCCCUGGAAGCAAUUACGAUUUCUUCCCGCAAGGACCGCCUUCGUCUCAAGCGCAGACCCCCGUGGAUCUCCCCUUCGUGCCCUCCUCGGGGCCGUCGGGCACCCCGCUGGGGGCCAUGGACCACCCCCUGCCCGGACAUCACCCCUCCAGUGAGGCUCAGCGCUUCACUGACAUCAUGUCGCACCCCCCGGGAGACUCGCCCAGCCCCGAACCCAACCUGCCCGGGUCCUUGCACUCCAUGUCCGCGGAAGUUUUUGGCCCCAGCCCCCCCUUUUCGUCGAUAUCCGUCAACGGUGGUGCUAACUACGGCAAUCACUUGUCCCACCCUCCAGAAAUGAACGAAGCAGCUGUGUGGUAGCUUUAAAACGAACUGGGUCUUAAGUAAGUGAUGAUCAUCUAGUCUGCUUAUUGUUAUGGUGUACAGAAAUGAAUUAAUAUAACAUCUCUCCUGCCCUAAGACAAUAUUACCUUGGGAACGAACUGAAUCCAAUCGCUCCAAGGCAAGCUUUGCUCUAGACCAGGACAAUCUCCAUGUUAUGGUUGUAUCAAACAAGCGAGGGGACUUUUUUUGUACCAUUGACAAAGAAACUGGGGAAGCUGUACAGUAAAGUGCUGCCAUUACCGUAGGAUGGCGUGAGUUUGAUUUACCCUGUUGGAUGUCAUCCUAAGAGCCACAAUCCUUAGAAACUUCUCGUUUUAAAAAAA